AUGGCACAGGAUAUUGACUUGAAUGGAGAUCCUAACAGCAAGCAACACUCCAAGAAGAGGAAGGAGGCCAAUGAACCCGCUAAAACAGUACCCCUGUACAAGCUUUUCUCAUUUGCUGAUCCUUUGGAUCAUUUAUUGAUGCUUUUGGGGACUGUUGGUGCUGUUGGGAAUGGAAUCUCCUUGCCCUUGAUGACUCUGAUAUUCGGAAAUAUGAUCAAUGCAUUUGGAGGUACCAAUAACUCCAAAGAAGUUGUUGAUGAAGUUUCCAAGGUGUCUCUGAAAUUUGUAUACUUGGGUGUCGGUACCUUUUUCGCGUCACUUUUGCAGUUGACUUGCUGGAUGAUCACUGGAGAGAGACAAGCUGCAAGAAUUAGAGGCUUAUACCUUCAAGCUAUUUUGAGGCAAGAUGUCACCUUCUUUGAUAAGGAAACUAGAACCGGAGAGGUUGUUGGAAGGAUGUCAGGUGACACUGUUCUUAUUCAAGAGGCCAUGGGUGAGAAGGUAGGACAGUUCUUGCAGUUCAUGGCAACUUUCGUUGGAGGUUUUGUGAUAGCAUUUAUCAGGGGAUGGCUUCUAGCGGUUGUCAUGCUAUCUACUAUUCCACCUCUUGCUUUCUGUGGUGCUAUGGUAGGCCUGGUUAUUUCAAAAGCAUCAUCCAGGGGACAAGAAGCUUAUUCUGUAGCAGCAACUGUAGUAGAGCAGACAAUUGGAUUUAUCAGAACUGUUGCUUCAUUCACUGGGGAGAAGCAAGCUAUAGCUAAAUAUAACCAGUCCUUAAUCAAAGCUUACAAGGCUGGAUUGCAAGAAGCACUAGCUUCUGGUUUUGGGUUUGGUUCUCUCUAUUUUGUUUUUACCAGCAGUUAUGGUUUGGCUAUAUGGUUUGGUGCAAAAAUGAUAAUAGAGAAAGGGUAUACAGGAGGAGAGGUUGUGACAGUAAUGAUGGCUGUAUUGACUGGCUCCAUGUCUCUAGGGCAGGCAUCUCCCAGCUUGAGCGCUUUCGCUGCUGGAAAAGCUGCUGCCUUUAAGAUGUUUGAAACGAUUAAGAGAAAGCCAGAAAUUGAUACUUAUGACACUACGGGUCAGCAGCUUGAUGACAUUCGUGGAGAUAUCGAGUUUAGGGAGGUUUGCUUUAGUUAUCCUACAAGACCAGAUGAAUUGAUCUUCAAUGGAUUUUCUCUUUCAAUACCAAGUGGCACUACGACAGCUUUGGUAGGGGAAAGUGGGAGUGGGAAAUCUACAGUUGUUAGUUUGAUAGAGAGAUUUUAUGAUCCACAAACGGGUGAAGUUCUCAUUGACAGCAUCAAUCUCAAAGAGUUUCAACUGAAGUGGAUCAGACAGAAAAUAGGCCUCGUUAGCCAGGAACCAGUUCUCUUUACUUGCAGUAUUAAAGAUAAUAUUGCCUAUGGCAAGGAUGGUGCAACUGAUGAGGAAAUCAGAGCUGCAGCAGAAGUAGCCAAUGCUGCAAAAUUUAUAGAUAAACUUCCUCAGGGAGUAGACACAUUGGUUGGUGAGCACGGAACUCAACUAUCUGGGGGUCAAAAGCAGAGAGUUGCAAUAGCAAGAGCAAUUUUGAAAGAUCCAAGAGUCCUACUUCUGGAUGAAGCUACUAGUGCUCUUGAUGCUGAAUCUGAGAAAAUUGUGCAGGAGGCAUUGGACAGAAUAAUGAUAAACAGAACAACUGUCAUUGUUGCUCACCGCUUGAGUACUAUAAGGAAUGCUGAUAGCAUUGCUGUUAUUCAUCGAGGAAAAAUAGUUGAAAGAGGUUCACAUGCUGAGCUUACCAAGGAUCCUAAUGGAGCCUAUAGCCAGCUCAUUAGACUUCAAGAAAUUAAAGGAUCAGAACAAAAGGCUCAAAAUGACAGAGACAAGCUAGAAAGUAUAGUGCAUUCUGGAAGACAAUCAAGUCAAAGAUCUAUAAGCCAAAGGUCUUCAGGAGAUGGAAGCAGUGGUCGUAACUCAUUCUCAGCAUCUCUUGGUGUGCCAGUAUCAGUUGGCUUCUUGGAACCUGCAAGUGGAGAACCUCUAACACCUCCUUCAACUUCACCACCGGAAGUGCCACUCUACCGCCUGGCAUAUUUAAACAAGCCAGAGAUUCUAGUCUUACUGGCAGGGACCGUAACUGCAGUAGUAAAUGGAGUUUUAUUACCCGUUAUUGCAAUCUUUAUAUCCAAAAUGAUAAGUAUUUUCUAUGAGCCAGCUCAUGAACUCCGUAAAGAUUCAAAACUCUGGGCGUUGCUAUUUGUUGCACUUGGUUUGGUAUCGCUAACCAUGCUUCCAUGUAGAUUCUACCUUUUUGGUGUUGCUGGUGGUAAGUUGAUAAAAAGGAUUCGGAAUAUGUGUUUCGAGAAAGUAGUUCAUAUGGAAGUUAGCUGGUUCGACGAAGCUGAACAUUCAAGUGGAGCAAUUGGAGCAAGGCUCUCUUCUGAUGCAGCUGCUGUUCGAGCUUUGGUUGGGGAUGCACUUGGUUUGCUGGUUCAAAAUAUUGCUACAGCUGUCGGCAGUUUGGUAGUUGCUUUUGAUGCAUGCUGGCAGCUUGCUUUUAUAGUGCUUGCUUUAGCACCUCUUUUAGGACUAAAUGGAUACGUGCAAUUUAAGUUCUUGAAAGGAUUCAGCAAUGAUACAAAGAAACUGUAUGAGGAAGCAAGUCAAGUGGCAAAUGAUGCUGUAGGCAGUAUAAGAACAGUUGCUUCAUUCUGUGCUGAAAAGAAGGUGAUGGAAUUAUACCAGGAAAAAUGUGAAGGACCAAUUAAGACAGGCAUAAGGCGAGGGAUAAUAAGUGGAAUUAGUUAUGGGGUAUCAUUCUUCAUGCUUUAUGCAGUUUAUGCAUGCAGUUUUUAUGCUGGAGCUCGACUAGUAGAGGAUGGAAAAUCAACAUUCUCAGAUGUUUUCCGUGUCUUUUUUGCAUUCAGCAUGGCAGCUCUGGGAAUCUCUCAAUCUAGCUCUUUGGUCCCUGAUUCAACUAACUCAAAAAGUGCUGCGGCUUCUGUAUUUGCUAUUCUUGAUCGAAAGUCACAAAUUGACCCAAGUGAUGACUCAGGUUGGACAUUGGAAGAAGUGAAGGGAGAGAUUGAAUUUAACCAUGUCAGUUUCAAGUAUCCUACCAGACCUGAUGUUCAAAUAUUCAGAGAUCUUUGCUUGACUAUUCAUAGUGGCAAGACAGUUGCACUGGUUGGUGAAAGUGGAAGUGGAAAAUCAACAGUGAUCUCAUUAUUGCUGAGGUUUUAUGAUCCAGACUCAGGUCACAUUACACUGGAUGGAAAAGAAAUCCAAAGGAUGCAAGUUAAAUGGCUAAGACAACAGAUGGGCCUGGUGAGCCAAGAACCAGUGCUGUUUAAUGACACCAUCCGCGCCAAUAUUGCAUAUGGCAAGGGCGGGGAUGCAACAGAGGCAGAAAUUAGAGCUGCAGCAGAACUUGCAAAUGCUCACAACUUCACUAGUAGUUUGCAGGAGGGUUAUGACACAAUAGUAGGGGAGAGAGGGAUUCAACUAUCUGGAGGGCAGAAGCAGCGGGUGGCAAUUGCUCGAGCUAUAGUGAAGAAUCCAAAGAUAUUACUACUUGAUGAAGCUACAAGUGCUCUUGAUGCUGAGUCUGAAAAAGUGGUUCAGAAUGCACUGGACCGUGUUAUGGUGAACAGAACGACUAUAGUAGUCGCUCAUAGAUUAUCCACUAUAAAGGGUGCGGAUUUAAUUGCAGUAGUUAAAAAUGGUGUGAUAGCAGAGAAGGGAAAACAUGAAGCAUUACUCAGAAAGGAAGGUGAUUAUGCUUCCUUAGUUGCAUUGCAUACAAUUGGAGUGUUCAAGAAAGACAAUUUAGAAGUGGUUGGAGCUGCAUAUGAUAUAUAUACAGCCAAGAAUGUUACCACCACCAAUCAAGCGUGCACAACAAUUGAAAAGGCUUAUGAUCGUGCCUGCGAUCAAGUUCCGCGGGUUGAUGCGGACAUCAAUUUUAACGUUAGUGACUACGAUGAGGAUAUAAAGCAGGUUAUGAGUAAUUUCACGAAGGACGAGUUUGUGCAUAUUCUACGUCGACAAAGCACUCGGUUUUUCAAGGGGAAGCUCCAAAUACAGGGGAGUUACUCGCAUAAGUGCGGGCGAUGGGAAGCUCGUAUGGGGCAGUUUCUGGGUAAAAAUAUUGUUGUUUCUGUUGCUGAAUUUGAGGGUACAAGUUCUUUUGUGAAGGAUACCCUAUAUAACUUAAAGGAAAAACUCGAAGCAUGGACAUCAUUACUGAGAAACUCUUCUCAUGUCGACGUUGAGGCACAUCCUAGGCAGCUGCAUAAUUGGGUUGGGGGUCCUCCUAAUCUCUAUGAUAUAAGUGGAAGUGCACACUUCAUAAAUAAGUGUGACAAUGGAAUUGUUAUUCACCGAAAUCGGGAUCCUGAAGCUGGGCCUAUGGACCAAGUACAGGUAUGUGUUCGAAAGAGUUUCAUUAUACUGGAGUACAUGAUCGGGGAUUAUGAUGAAACUUAUCGUAAUCUCUUCACUCUUAGUGUGAAUAUAAUGGAUAGAGUUGGCUCUCUUGCAAAAGAUUUUAUCCUCAUAAACCCUUCAGACUGUGCUACUCCAGUGAAGCACUCUAAACUAGAAAAGUUGAGGCAAGAUGACAAGUGGGAACAUGAUUUCUUUAGCGAUGGUGAAUCACGGAUCACUAAUCGCAAAGUUAGAGCUCAAGAUCUACACCUCAAGCUUCAAAGGAAAGGUCUUCAAUCUGCAUCUCAAAGCGGAAAGAGUUAUGCUCCAAACAUGCGUGUUCUCCGUGAAAGGCUAACAGGAACAAUGACAGUACAACCUACAAAUGUCGAUCUGCCAAAAUCAAAAGUUGUUAAACCAAGCAGUAAAAAUGUUGGUGUUGAGGUCCCUGCAGGUACAGAUCAAAAGGCCAUGAAACAACAAAUACAAGGAAAAAUGCAGUCUUUGAAGAAAGAUUAA